UAAUGGCACCAAAAAGGAAUUUGCGAUCUCAAUCGAAGAAGGGAGUUAAGAAGAUGCAAACUAAGAGACGCGGUGGCAGCAUAUCAGCACCCAACUCUAAGCGUUGACGAACUACUAGGCAACAAUCCAAAGCUGAGAAAGAAACCACCAAACUUCCAAGGCACGUUCCACUCUCCUCUUCCUCAUCUGAGAUGUCAUCCAUCAAAGGCCGUUAUCCCAUAUGGGAGGCAUCUCGAAGCACAUAUUCAUGUGAUUCAACACUUCGUAGCUAUGUGCCUGGGAAGUCACCCAAACUUAGCGUGCCGUGGUGGAGAUGUGAUUAUAUGUACAUCCCUGUCAACAAUGGAGGUGCCCAUUGGUUGGCAGCAUGUGUGGACUUGAAGGCUCGACAUAUUGAUUUAUACGAUCCAAAUAUGGGAAAUAAAUAUGUCCAGAAUAAAGAGUUGGACAAUGCGAAAUGCCUUAAGUAUAUGCUGCCUUACCUAUUGAGGUAUGGGGGAUAUUACGAGAAGAAUCCGGAAGUGCUUCCCACUUUAGAGCCAUUCACGAUGACCAUGAUCAAAGAUGCACCCUGCCAAGAUAAUGGGUAUGAAUGUGUUGUCAUUUUCAACCACUUCUAUUGCUGCUGUUUAAUUGUGCUUACGUGUGGAAAUUCACGUGGUUGGUUUUCAUUAAUGCUAUUCUGUAGGGGUGAUUGUGGCAUCUUCGCUUUGAAAUUUAUUGAAUACAAGAGCAGUGAGGAGAACCUUUUAUUUGGCUCGGAAGACAUUAGCUUAAUCUAG